AGCGCUUCGUUUACUCUCCGCGCCGUUCGACGUGGAGCCUGCGGGCGGGCGGGCGGCAGCGGCGGAGCCAUCGCAGCCAUCGCAGCGGGACGGGCGGGGCGGCCGCGGGGCGGCGUGGCGUGGCGUAGCGGCUCGACAUGGGGGGCUUUUUCUCCACCAUCUUUUCCAGCUUGUUUGGAACUCGAGAGAUGAGGAUUCUCAUCUUGGGGCUGGAUGGAGCAGGAAAAACAACAAUUCUCUACAGGUUACAAGUUGGAGAAGUUGUUACCACCAUUCCCACCAUUGGCUUCAAUGUUGAGACAGUGACAUACAAGAAUCUGAAGUUUCAAGUUUGGGACUUGGGAGGACAGACAAGCAUAAGGCCAUACUGGAGGUGUUACUACUCCAACACUGAUGCAGUCAUUUACGUAGUGGACAGCUGUGAUCGAGACAGAAUUGGCACUUCCAAAUCAGAGCUUGUUGCUAUGCUAGAGGAAGAAGAGUUGAAGAAAGCCAUUUUGGUGGUGUUUGCUAAUAAGCAGGACAUGGAACAGGCCAUGACUCCCACAGAAAUGGCAAAUGCGCUUGGCUUGCCGGCUCUGAAGGACCGAAAGUGGCAGAUAUUCAAAACCUCUGCAACUAAAGGCACUGGGCUUGAUGAAGCAAUGGAAUGGCUGGUGGAGGCCUUGAAGAGCAGGCAGUGAUACAAAGCUGACCACUGUGAAGAUGUUCCUGCUAUACCCAACCCACCCCUCUUCCUGCAGUCAAGUAUUUUCAGUCCACAAAUACUUGUAAAUAGGACAGGUUUGAGUUUGACUCCUGUAAUGUGGAUGCCGCUCUUGAAUAAUUGUAAAACUGAACCAAAUGAAUGCCUGUGUACAUUAUGAGAAUCCACUUCUGUCUUUCUGUUUCAAGGAUGUACUUAUGUUAAUUUGUAUGAAAGUCUUACUGGCUGGGAAAGUGGUUUUUUGCUUCCCCCCCCCCUCCUUCCCACCUUGGGUGCUUUUUAAGUUUGAGUGGCUACAAUAUUCGUGUAAUUAAAACACUAAUCAAACCUGGAACCAUCGAAUAUGUUUAUAGAUGUGUUGCCCAUUAGAGGCUGCCUGCCUCCAGAACCAGGGGCAACUGCUGCCAGUGAAGCUGAACUGAAUUUAAAUAGCUUUGCUUAAGCUGGUGUUGUUCCAUUUCAGCAUCCUGCAGUGGAGAUACACUGAAGGUACAGCCACAGAGUUAAAUUGCACACCUCUAGCUGUUAACAAAACGUUUUUUUGGGAAGAAAAUAAAUGUCUUCUAUAGCCACCUCCUGCUAA